UGUUUCAUUGGUGAGAGACUAGUCGUCGUCUCUGACUCUCGCGGUACUGCUGCACGAAGAUGGCGGCCGAACUGGUGGAAACGAUGAACAUGGUCAAAAGUUUCCGGGUCUCCGACCUGCAGACGCUACUGGCCUCGAUGGGCCGCAGCAAAAGUGGGCUGAAACAGGACCUGGUAGGGCGAGCGCUGAGGCUCGUGCAGACCGAAUACAGCCCCGAGCUCCUGAAGAAUGUUAGGCAGCUCUACGAGUCGCGCUUCCCCAGAACAUCCGGCUGGCUUGCGGCGAGGCGUCCAGAGGGCGUUCCAGUUGCAUACUCGUCUCUAAGCUCCUCCCCCACUGCCACCUCUCAGGGCGCAGACUACCUCAACGGCGUUUCCAAACAGAUAACCACCACACCUGCAGCAGAGGUCAAGCUGGUGCCUCUGCCCUUCUACCAAACUUUGGAGACACUGUUGCAACCAACAGAGCUAAUUGCCCAGAACAAUGAGAAACUGCAGGACAGUCAAUGCAUAUUUGAGUUGACACCAAACCAAGCGGACCAGAUCAGAAACGCAACGGAGCUUCGUCCAGGAAUCAGAUCAAUCCAAGUGGUUCUUAGAAUCUGUUACACAGACUCCAUCGGUGUCCAAGAGGACCAGUAUCCUCCCAACAUUGCUGUCAAAGUCAACCAGUCCUACUGUCACGUGCCGGGCUACUACCCCUCUAAUAAGCCCGGCGUUGAGCCCCGUCGCCCUUGUCGUCCUGUAAACAUCACUCCCUGGUUGCAUCUCUCCAGCAUCACCAACAGAGUCACCGUCACCUGGGGAAACUUUGGCAAG